AUGUACUGCGUCGUGCAGCUGGAUGAAACAGGCGGCGAAGGUCUAGCUGUAGUUCAUACGAGCUGGCUGACGCCAUUGAAAAAGGAGGUCUUCUGGCCGCCAAUAAAAGACAGCAAGCUCUAUCGAAAAGCCCUGGUAGAAAGUGAGCCCGUUGAGUCAGAUUGGACCCUUUACGGCGUGAAAAAAAUUUAUUUUCAGACAGGUGAUUUGAACAAGGCAUUUAGAAAGGAAAAGGAAGCUGAACAGACUAGUGACAUCUACGAUACCGACGAUGCUACAAGUGUCGUCAUAAAUCGCCCUAGGAAAAGAAUCAAAAGGGUUCUAGACAGUGAUGAUGAUAGUGGUGAUGAUAGUAGAUUUUCUAGACCCCCACAAAUCAAGAUAAAACAAUUAUCAGGUUCCAUAGAAAAAAGGCAAGAAAGGCAAAUUUCUUUGCCUUCAACUUCUAAGGAGCGGUCUACAGCAACUUCUCCUCAGUUAUUAACAAUUGGAGCUACACCAUAUGCAAGGACACCAGAUAUAACAGAAUCAAAUUUACCUAUAUUUAUUAAUGUUCUUAACACAGUUAAGGAACAGAAUAAACUUAUCUUGACGAAAUUGGAAAACCUAGAAACACUUAUUGCCGGUGUACCAGUUGUUGAAGCUGCAGUGAAUUCUGGGAAUCCUCUACCUAUAGAGCUGCCAUUGAUAAGCGAUGACAACAUAAAUGCAACAGAAAACUAUUUAGAAGAAAAACGAAAUUUCACUCGACUGGUGAAUUAUUUAGGAUCCCUUGGUGGAACAAACUUGAAAAACAAAGUCCACAAAAUUUUAAGACAAUUGUUGAGCAACGAUUUAGCAUGUAGCUACAGCUAUUUUGGAAAAAAAGGAAAAAAGAGUUUCUCUGAGCUUAAGCUGAACAAGGCAAUUAUCCAAACAACCCAAUUAAAAAUUGAAAGUGCUUCCUUGUUGGAGAUAGAAGAUACCAUUAAGAUAUGGUUAAAGCAUGCACCCGAUCGAAAAAAAGGACAGAAGAAAAAUGAUGAAGUCAAUUGAGUUAAUUAUUUUAUUAAUUAUUGUACAAAAUAAUUUAUUCCAAAGACUUCAUAAUUCUUGUUUAUAAAUAAGAUUAUUCUGUCGACGUCAUUUGAAGGAGCAUCAAUAUUAUAUAUUAUUAUUAUUUCAAUAUUGUAUUAGGUAUCUAAUACUUUUCAUUUUCACUCACUUCUAUUUUCCAUUUGUUUGAAAUGUUCAAAAACAGGAAGUUAAAAUCGGAUAUAUCCAAAAGACAAUUGUACAGAAGAAUCGCUAUCGAAAAUAGAUCAGUUCUUGAGAGAUUACGUAGUCAUAAUAAUAGUAAUUACAAUGCAGCAGCAAGUACUAACCAAACUCAAGAAGUAACAGAUGAUUUGCAAAAUUCGAACUGCAUUGACGAUUCACAUUUUUUAACCAAUAAUACUGCUGAUAGUGACGACGAUAUUGCUAAUGCUGCUAUUGAAUGUUCAAAUGACACCAACCCUCCAAAUUCUGAUCAGCCUUAUUUUUAUCCAGCAGAGAUUGCAGAUCCAAUAGGAUAUGCUCCAGAGUUUGAAUAUCCAAACGGGGUCCCAUUUGAUGCAGGUGAUACCAUUAAGACUGAUUUGACAACUAACUUACGAGAGUGGGCAUUGAAAACAAAAGUCUCGCAUCAUUCAAUAACUAGCCUUUUAAAAAUUCUAGCCCCCUUACACCCCGAACUUCCGUUGGAUAGUAGGUCACUUUUAAAAACUCCCAGAGUUGGUGUGUUCAAAAAUUUAGACAAUGGCGAAUAUUGCCACUUUGGUAUUGAAAAUGCCUUAAAGCAAUUAAUACCUACUUCAUGUAUUGAUGAAAGAAUUCGUUUAAGUAUUAAUAUUGAUGGAAUACCACUUUUUAACAGCACUAAUGUACAGUUUUGGCCAAUUUUAGGUAUGAUUCGAAAUUUUUCAAGUUCCCCAUUUGUGAUUGGCAUAUUUUGUGGCAAAUCAAAGCCUUCACCACUAAACAUUUUUUUGGAAGACUUUAUUAAUGAAUGUAACAUUUUAAAAACUUCUGGAAUGUCAUUACAUAGUAAAAUAUAUUUUGUUGAAAUUUUAAAUUUUAUUUGUGAUGCACCAGCCAAAGCAUAUCUCAAAGGUAUCAAAUCUCAUGGAGGGUAUUCCUCAUGUGAUAAAUGCUGGGAAUUCGGGGAUUACAAUCAUAAGGCAGGAAAAGUUAUAUUUAAAGGAACGUCAAGUUCCUUAAGAACUGAUGAACAAUUUGUUUUAGAGACAGAUGACGAACAUCAUAAGGAAAAAUCUCCAUUGCUCAAUUUAAAUAUAGGUCUUGUUUCAUCCUUCACCAUUGAUUACAUGCAUGCUGUAUGUUUAGGGGUAAUGAAAAAAAUGCUUCAAUCAUUGAUAUCAGGGGGCUUACACAUUCGAAUAAGACAUUCAACUGUUGAACAUUUAAGUGAGAACCUGUUGUAUUUGAGACCCUAUAUUCCUUCCGAAUUCAAUCGAAAACCGAGAAGUUUAUCUGAACUAUCCUAUUGGAAAGCUACAGAGUUCCGCAAUUUUCUGUUAUAUUUUGGUCCAUUUGUCCUUAAGGACAGAAAUAUUGAUAUAGCGAUUUUUGAACAUUUUUUGUUACUGCAUGUUGCAAUUUCUUUGCUUGCCUCUGCAAAUCAUCUGUCCUCUGUGGGAGCUGAAAACGCUCAAAUGAUAUUAUUAAAAUCCUUUAUAGAGCAUUGUGAGUAUAUAUACGGCCCCGAGUUUUAUGUAUAUAAUACACAUAUUUUAUGCCACCUGGCAGAAGAGUCUAGAAGUUUUGGAACACUAGACUCAUUUUCUGCCUUUCCUUUCGAAAAUUUUCUUGGUUUUAUCAAAAGUUGUAUUCGAUCCCCUCAGAAACCACUGCAACAAAUUUAUCGUAGGUUGAUUGAAAGAAAUUGUAUCCAUGUGAUAUCAAAAAUAAAUGGAGACAAUUUAUUGCUAAGUAUUGAACAUAGUGAUGGUCCUAUCCUAGAAAUCAAUAAUAUUUUAACACAAUAUAAAAAAAUUAAGUGGAAAUUUUUAACUCUAAGCGUUACAGGCUAUUCAAUGGCCAAUUCAUACUUUAUGACAAAGUCUGGGGAUGUUGUUGAGCUACACAAUAUUUGCAAAUCAUCAGAUAGAAAAACCAUGUUGAUAGGGAAAAAAUUUUUAAAUUAUGAAUCGUUUUAUGUCUACCCACUUGAUUCUAAAGAUCUAGGUAUUUCUGUUGUUUCAAAUUUGUCAGAGGAGUUUGAAGUUUGGUCCCUCGUAGAUCUUAAAUUCAAAUGCCUAGUGUUUCCAAAUAAAUUGAACGAUUCCACUUAUAAUUGCUUUCCAUUGUUACAUGAUGCUUCAAUUUAGUAAAUUGUGGAUACUCGAAGCUGUAUACGCAAUAAAAUUAAAGUGAAAUAAAUUGUCUUGAGGAAUUAAUUUCCAGCAAACUGUAAAUCAUUUUAAUAUCUUCAUUUGGUCCUAAACGCGUGUAAUCUGAGUUUACAUUAUCCCUGCAGAAAAGCCUAAGGUUUGGUAUCCAAAAAACCGCAAAAAUGUUGCUCUUUCUCAGUUCUUUUCCUGUAGCUGAAAAACGUUGCAUCGGAGGGAAAAUGUCAUGAUCCCAAAUAAACGUUUUAGAUGUCAUCCGAUGCAGAAUUUAGUCCUUUCCAAAAUUGAAUGGAGGAAAGGAAUGACAUUUUCCGUCAGACGCAUUGUCUUUCAGCUACAAGGAAAAAUUUGGAAAGUUGAAAAAUUUGGCGAUUUUUGCCAACCAAAAGUCAUGCUCACCUCCUGGGACCAUCAAAUAAAGCUAUUAAAACGAUAAUUCAGCCUGCUGGAAAUUAUUUCGUCAUAAAAUAAUAAUUUGAUUAACCUGCAACAUAUAUCCAUAAUAAUUUUCAUGUGUAUAAUCUCAUGUCGAUGCAAUUCAGUCACCCAUGUAGAUCCUUUCUUAGGGCAGGGUAUUUCACCUAAGGGAUGUUUUAUGGUUUCACGACUUGGUUUUUGGGCUAUUAUAAAACUGAAUACGACAUAUGGCGCAGGAAAUAGAAGUGUUUGAAAAUCGUACACUCUUGCUUGUAAACGCAAAUUGCAGUAUUAAAUACCUAUACACUUGAUCGAUUUAUAAAUAUUAUAUGUAUAUGUACUAAAAAAUAUUUUUUAAUUUUAUAUAUUUAAAUUUAUGUUCGCCAUUUUUCUUUGGCUUUUCAUUUUCUAAGCUGCUCCAACAAAUAAUACCAAAUUUGUGGCAUAUGACAUGCCAAAACUUGAAACUUGAAACUACAUAAUUAAAA